GGAACCGGGGAAAUGCUCGUUCACAGGAAGCGCGGAUGAUCGGAAUAUUCUGACACAGUGGGUCUGUGAGAUUGCGGCGAAUGGCCAGUCAUUUUUGACGCCGAAUGAAAUGAAAACUAGUACUGCUUUGGAGCUACCGGAAACAAGGAUUUCUAUCGAUAACGCCGAGAAAAUGCAAGA